GUUCUUACACAGAGACCAAGCAACAGCGUGUUAAGGGUCUCCAAAGUCAGACUGAUUUGGGAUUUAUUCUUUUUGAUCAUGAUAAAGAUGAAACUGCUUUCCAUUUUGUUGUUUAUUGGUUUCACAUCAUGUCACGGAUGUAAUGUGGGCUGGAUACAGUUUCAAGAUAAAUGUUAUUUGUUCAGCCAUACACUAGACAGCUGGGCAGAUGCUGCUGGCGUUUGUAGUGUAUUCCAUUCCAAGCUGGCCGAACCAAGAACUGCAGCUGAAUCCAAGUUUUUAAUCAGCCACAGCCAAUCCCAAGGAGGAAAUUUUUGGAUCGGUAUAUCUGAUAUCAUUGAGGAAGGAAGAUGGGAAUAUUCUGACCAGACUGAAAUCACUUUUAACGAUUUUAUGCCCGGUGAACCCAACCAGUAUACCAAUGAAAACUGUGUGGUAUUGUGGAAGGGUUUUCACGGACGCUGGGGAGACUAUGUCUGCUCAUCGCCAGCUAAAUUCAUUUGUGAAACGGACGUUAAAUCAUCUGAUUCAGAUCUUAUUGGAUAAUAUGUCUUGGAUUUAACAAACAAUGACUCAAAUUUAGAAGAAGAAAAAUAGAGGAUUAUCCACAGACCAGGAGUCAGUUGUCUUUCUUCAAAAAUGAAAAUAUAUAAAUUU